AUGUGUCAUUUGCAAUCAAACUCUGAUAAACAAGACCCGAUUACAGAGAAGAAGCCUUGUUUAUCGCAUUUAAUUAUUUAUUUCAAGAGUAUAAUGAGUUCACAGUACAUGGUCUUUGUGCUUUCACUCAUUGUUAUCUUAACAGCAUUUUCAAUCAAUUGGAUACCUUUCAUAAUAUUAAACUGUCGAAUUCAUGCUGCGAUUUUUGGUUUGUGUUGCUUAGGGACAAUAACAAGUUUAUGCUUAGCAGUGGUUGAUCAAUAUUUCGCUACUUAUUCUCGUCCUCGUUGGUAG